AUGACGAGGCCAACUUUUGAGAAGAAUGUGGCGAGCCGUUGGACGGUAUAUGUAGAUGGGUCGUCCACCCAGAACGGAUGCGGAGCCGGCAUAAUAUGUCAAUCCCCUGAAGGAGACAAGUACGAGUACGCCAUGAGGUUUAACUUCCAAACUUCAAACAAUGAGGCUGAAUAUGAAGCUUUGCUAGCCGGCAUAAAAAUGUGCAAAGCUGCUGGAGCUCAAGAGAUACUCGCUCUUUCUGAUUCACAGCUCAUUGUAAGUCAAGUAAACGGAGACUACGAGGCAAGAGAUCCCAACAUGAUCAAGUACAUGCAAGCUGUGCGUCAAGAAAUAGAACAUUUGAAGAGUUUCAAAGCUAAGCAGAUUCCCAGAACAGAGAACAAUCAGGCCGAUGCCCUGUCUAAACUAGCUAGCUCAGCUUCCUGUGACACUCCGCGUCAUGUGUUUUGGGAAGUGAAAGAAAGACGAAGCAUUGAACAAGAGUUGUGCACUCCUGUGGUAGCCAUCCUUGACCGGUCAUCAACUUGGAUGGACCCCAUCAUUGCAUAUAAGGUAGACGGCUCACUUCCAGACGACUCAAGUCUAGCCGUCAAAAUUCAGAAGAGAAGUUCUUGGUUUGAAUGGUGGAAUGGAGUUUUGUAUAAAAAGUCAUUUUCCAUACCCCUCUUGCGGUGCGUUACUCCUGAGAAUGGGAAAGAAAUUCUGGACGACCUGCAUCAAGGAUUGUGUAGCUCCCAUAUUGGAGGACGAGCUUUAGCUGAAAAAGCCCUGCGAACUGGUUAUUACUGGCCCACUUUGAGAGAAGACGCCCUGGCCAUGGUGCAGAAGUGUGACAAGUGCCAACGAUUUGCUCAUCUCAUUCACCGGCUGUCUCACCCUCUCACCUCUAUCAUGAGCCCCAUUCCUUUUGCCAAGUGGGGAAUGGACCUAUUAGGACCAUAUACAGCAGCCCCUGGAGGCCGGCGCUACGUGAUUGUAGCCGUUGACUACUUCACUAAGUGGGUGGAAGCAGAAUCCCUCAAGAAUAUAAGGACUACUGAUGUGAGGGCGUUUAUCUGGAAAAAUAUUAUGACUCGCUUCGGAAUACCACAAGCUAUCGUCUUUGACAAUGGGCCUUUAAGACGCCUAAGCUAA